CGAUUGUCUUGCAACUCCCAUGUCUCCUACUCUAGACAUUCACCAUAUUGUCUGCAGAUGAUCAUCAAGGACCCUCCUGAUCUCAUCCCAUGGAUUUUUCUCGGCCUCGAAGAGCUAACUGACCGUUCAUCGUAAUAGACACACGUACUCUGCCGUCAGGCGCUACUAGUGGGGCCUACAUUCCCAUCCGUCCUCACAUGUUCUCUGUCUCUGGCAUAUGUUCUCAGGUGUCCUGACUGCGUUUCCCACACUGUCUGCCUCUUUUCUCCGCUAUCUUGCUGUGUUUUAAAUGCUGGCUUCCGUGAUAACGACUCCCACUCCUCGUCUCACAACAUGGUCGUCCUCAGUGAUGUUGUAGGGCCUCUGCCGCUCUGGCAGGCGGCUGCUGUUCUCGCCGCAGUCUGUUUCGCGUACAGCUACAUCCAGACGCGUCGCAAGGUCGCCCGCGCUACUCCCCUGGCCGGUCCACCCAGUCCAAGUUGGCUCUUUGGCGUCCGCCACCUUGUUUCCAAUAGCCCCGAGGCUCCCGCUAUAUACGAGAGAUGGGGCGAGGAGUUUGGAUCAGUUUACCGCAUCCCGGCACCGCUUGGAUCUACACAAGUUGUCCUCACUGACCCAAAGGCAAUCGCGCACUUCUACUCGGAGGAAACUUGGACGUAUGUCCAAACCAAGCUGUCCAGGGUCGCGAUCGAGGGUCUGUUUGGGCGUGGGCUGUUGUGGGCGGAGGGAGAAUCCCAUAAGAGACAGCGCAAGGCCAUCUCCCCUGCAUUCAGCAAUGUCGCGAUUCGCAGGUUAACUUCGGUCUUCUACGACUCGGUGUACAAGCUCAAGACCAAUUGGGACAACCAGUUGGAUUCCUCUGAGUCCGUUAUGAUAGACGUGCAGAAAUGGAUGAACCACGUCUCUCUGGACAGCAUUGGUAUUGCCGGAUUCUCGCAUGAUUUCGGCUCCCUUGAAGGCAGACCAUCUGCGGUUGCUGAAGUAUUUGACGCGAUGGGUCACAUCAAGCCUAGCGUAGUCACCGCAGCGGCGCUCCUCUUUGGCAACUUCUUACCCUUCCUCUGGCGUCUUCCUACCGACACACGCAGACUGCAGCUCAAGCUCAACAAGGCUAUGGAGGACAUUGCGAUUCCCCUUCUUGAGAACACUCGAAGGGAGAUGAAGGGAUUGGGGGCGAAAGGCAAAGAGGAGAGGAGUAUUAUUGGCUUGUUGAUCAAGGCCGAAGAUGCCAAUUCGAGCCUGCAGAUGUCCCAGGAGGAGAUCUUGGCACAGAUGAAAGUGUUAAUCCUAGCAGGAUACGAGACAACAUCGAUUAGUCUUACGUGGGCUCUGAUUGAACUUUCUCGCAAGCCAGAGAUGCAAGAACGUCUCCGCGAGGAACUGCGGGCGGAGUUCCCGAACUCCGACCCGACCUGGGAGCAGCUUACGAACGGUGCUGGUCUGCACUACCUCGACGCCGUUGUCCACGAGAUUCUGCGUCUUCACGCUCCCCUCAAUAUCACCAGCCGCGUCGCGGCCAAGGAUGAUAUCAUUCCGCUCUCUGCUCCCCUUCGGAUUCCAACUGGCGAGCUGGUUGACCGUGUCGCUGUCACUGCGGGUCAAGGGGUGAUCGUCCCCAUCGGCUGCAUGAACACCGCUGUCGCAUACUGGGGUCCCGACGCCCACGAGUUCCGGCCGGAGCGCUGGCUCCAGAAGGAUGGUCUCCCGAAGAAAGCUCAGGAGGUCCAGGGACAUCGCCAUCUGCUCACAUUCGUCGACGGACAUCGUAUUUGUCUCGGAAGGGGUUUUGCACUCGCUGAGUUCAAGGCCGUCCUUGGAGUUCUGAUCAAGAACUACCGCUUCGAGCUCCCGGAUGGACCCGAGACAAAGAUCGAGUUCUGUCGCGGUGUCUUACCGCGUCCGCGUGUCGUUGGCCAGAAGGGCGCGAACGUCCCGAUGCAAGUACGCCGCGUUGACUGAGUUUGUAUUUGACCAUGUGAAGUAGAUUAUAUCAUAUUUUGAC